AUGUCAAUCAGUUCAGCAGAAGCCGCAUACCAGCUUGCUCAUGCCCACCAAAGCAAGACAGGCCAGCUCAUCGGUUCGACUGCCGCACUUUCAGCUUUAGCGACAGUGCUGGUACUUGCGCGCUUCAUUACCAGAGUACACACAAAAGUUGGUUUGAAGGCAGAUGAUUGGGCUAUUGUGAUCGCCUUGCUCAUUGCCUGGGGAGAGUUCGUGACCAAUGUCAUAUGCGGUCACAAUGGGCUGGGAAGGCACCUGAUCACAGUCACGCCGAAUGAAGCCAUCGUUCUCGAGAAGGCCCUUUAUGCGAACGUACUCGUCUUUCCGAUUGCCAUCUGCAUCAUCCAGCUCUCGAUCCUCCUAUUCUAUGUUCGCGUUUUCACCCUCCGAGAUGCUCGAUUCAAGAUUGCGCUGCUGGUGUGCGCUGGUUUGUCGGUUGGAGUCUGCGUGUCACAAGUCUUUCCCACAAUAUUUCAAUGCUCGCCCAUUGCAUAUUCCUGGAACAAAGCCAUCGUAGGAGGGCAUUGCAUCAAUGUACACGUCAUGUGGAUUGCCCAAGACAUUCUUUUCCUUGUCUUGGAUAUCUAUGUCGUCGUACUCCCGCUGCCUAUGAUCUGGAAUCUCCAGAUAACUAGACCGGAGAAGAUUGCUGUCAGCGGCAUGUUCCUUCUGGGGUCCUUGUGCGUUCUACUUCUCCCUGCAAAAAAGUGCCUUGGCUUACGGGUAACAGCAUCGCCGUGGUGA